AUGCCUCCUCUUCAAGAAUUAAAUGACUUAAUUGAUACUGAUAAUAAAGGUGACGACGUUGAACAGACACAAUCAGAAUCUCUAUACAAAAUUUCCUCAAAAAUAAACACUGCAUCACAAGCGUCACAAUCAUCUCUCUUAGGAGAUCAAUCGUCCCGCGAAUCUUAUUCGUCUACCGCUUCUUCAAAACAACUCACUUCAAAUGGGCAAUUAUCGUCUCAGUCUCUCGAUUCCAAUCCCGCUUUCACAGAGGAAUCGCUAUCAUUUCCCAUUCCUCCUGCACGUCCUCCUACAGUCGGCGUUAUCCAACUUCCGUCGUCUAAUGUCUCUAAUGUCAAACCUGCAUCUACUGAGACUGAGUUGAAAUUAUCCUUUGAUAGACUUGACUCUUUGCAAUCAAGUACAUCAGAUUCUAUCACCAAUGCAAGUCCAGUGACACCUCCAGUAUAUCUUCAUCUAACCAGUUUCCCCCUCAACUGA